AAAUAUUGCUCCAGAAAUACUUCUGUUUAUCAACAAAAGUGCGUGAGAUUCGGUGGCGUAGCUGUCGCAGAUUGGUUUGUUCCGUUUGUUCAGCCGCUUGAAAUAGUAUUUUUUCAAUAGCGGAAGUGCUUUAAUAUAUGUUUUGUGUGUUUGUGGUGUUAUUUAAGAAAUGUUUAUCUGAAAGUUUAUCACAAUGGAUAGUAGUGCGUGUUGUCGUCUGUGUGGCUACAAUUCCCCUGACCUGAUCGCAAUCUUCGGAGAGCAAGGAGUGGCCGCCGAAUAUGCCCAUAAGAUUGGUCGCUAUUUGUACCUGCUGGUGACCACUGGCGAUGACCUAUCGAAAGCUAUCUGCUGGAUGUGCUCGGAGCAGCUGGACUCGUUCCAUAGGUUCCAUAAGAAAAUCAACGAACUCCAGCAGCGCAUGCUGAAGGACCGAUAUUUGGAGUUCGUUAUUGAGGCACAUCAUGCCGGCAGGUACGUGGAGGAGGGUGAAAUAGAAAUCGUUGAACAUACGGAGGUGGAUGAGGAAGAGCUUAUUUUACCGGUAAAAUCUGAUACAUCAUUGGAACCGGAAGAACCAGCCGACGUAGUGCAGAUAAUUGAAUCUCAUUUGGAGGAGGACGUAGAGGAUGAGUUGACUUUACGGGUGAUACCGGAUGGCAAUAGUGAGAAUUCCUUCCUAGUAGUCAAGAAAGAAUUGGAAUCGAAAACUGUGGAAGAGGAUCUAGAAGUUUCGGAACAGCGUCACACUCCGAUUGUAGAUAAUACUGCUCCAGAGGUUAAAGUAUUCGAAAUUCGAAAAAGUAACAGAAGAAAACGCAAUGUUCCAGAGAGUCAAUGCAAGAACGAGGAUAGCAACGAUGUAGAUAUAAUACUAAAGCAAAAAACACCAAAGAGAAAAUGUCGUAAAGCAAGGUCUGAAAAAGAUAAAAAUGCAGAGGAACAUCAAACACCAUCCAGCAGUCAGCUGGAAAGUCCCGUUAAAAAAUCCAAUGAAACAGGCUUAGUCAACCAUCAGGAUGGAUAUUGCGACGAGCAGAACGAAGGUGAAAGUGGCGACGAAUUUCCUGCUAGGGAUUCGGAUAACGAGGAAUGGCCUGCAGCGGAAACUAUGGAUAAAUUUCCCAACAGACUGAUUCGGGACGGACUUCUGGUGGUAAAAGGAAAAUUGCUGAUGGAAAUGAUUAAUCGGUUUUACAACUUGCAAUGUGAUCUAUGUAAGGGUAAGCUGAUUCGGUUUAAAACCCUUUCGGAGUUGUGUACGCAUUUCGAAUCAACCCACAAGCAAGCAGGGUACGUGACAUGUUGUCAGACGAAAAUUCAUCGUUAUCCAUCGAUAAUUAUGCAUAUGGCUCGCCACAUUCAACCGGAGGCAUUCAAGUGUGACAUUUGUGGGUACAUGGUUACAAGACCACGCUUUUUAUCCACCCAUCGACAAACCCAUUUACCGGAAGACGAGAAACCUUACGCCUGCGAGCACUGUCCAAAGCGAUUCUGCUGGAAACGAGCACUCCAGAUUCAUGAGAAUUCUCACAAAGCACCAAACGAAAGGAUCGUAUAUAACUGCUCAAUAUGUGGGAAAACUUACGACACGCCAGGAGGUUUAUCGGCUCAUAAGCGUAACGUGCAUCUUACGCCAUUAUCCACCAAAGUGCCACACGUGUGCGAAAUUUGCGCAAACAGUUUUGCCACAAGCUCCGGUUUGAAGGAGCACAUGCGCACCAUCCAUCAACCCCAGGAAAAAGUUCUGGUUCAAUGUCCGGAGUGUUCCAAAUGGUUGAUGAACAGCAGGUGUCUAAAGAUUCACAUGCAAUUGCACAGGAAAGAGGAUUUUGCUUGCGACUUGUGUGACUACAAGACGAAAAAGGCAUCGCUGCUAAAGCGUCAUCACAUCACGCAUCACCAACUGGAACGACCGUUCACAUGCGAUGAGUGCGACAAAACGUUUAAGCACAAGCGUGCUCUGACUAUUCACAAGACCACAAAGCACACAGGAGACAGCAAUGGUUUCAAGUGCAAUUUCUGUGAACGGUCUUUUAAUAGUUCUACCAAUUUCUACACCCACCGAAAAAAUCGGCAUCCGGUGGAACUGGCCGCCAUGAAAGAACAAGCAGAGGCAGAGAAGAAACUGCAACGCAUUCGCGCCGGUAUCGAACCGGAUGAUGUUCCGCUGGCAGAGGAAUCGACGAUAACGACUACUCCAGACGGGACGCGAAUCAUCACCAUCAACAGUCGGAAUUAUAGCAUGAACGAACCCAUGAACACGAUGAUCGUGCUGGAUAUUACUAAUGGGCCGAUAGAGAUUCAGACUGCCAACGAGGGGGAGCAAACAGAUUAAUGUAAUAUGGAAAGUAUUCGCUAGUCAAAUGGAUGCUCUCAAAUACAAAAUUCUAUGGUAUAUUGUAGAAAGAACUUAAAUGAAUAUCUCGCGUAAGGCGCAGAAUCAAUAAACUCAAACUUCUUUGUCACAUCUCCCGGAAUAUAAAUAUCUCGCGACAGCGUUCAAUGGAGGCAUCGGUUCUCUCCAAACGGUUUCUUCGUGCGUAUUAUUGGUAAAAAGUUGGUUGUCUGCCUAAUCUGCGUUGAUAUCCGAUUUCUUGUUCCCAAGACCACCAAGCGAUAUUUGGAGGUCCCUUUUUCGUAUCGUAACUGUUGCUUCACCGCAUUCCAUUGCUUUUUGCCAGAACUAGAAUUGAAUCGGUUGAGCCCGUUCACGGCGUAGCAGAUAUCCGGUCGUGUGUUUUGGUCGAGGUACAUUAGACAACCCACAGCUUCUCUGUAGAGGACAUCCCGCAUGUACUCCCUUUCUUCAGUAGUCGGCGGACUAAUUUUCUUCGUCAGCUUCUCGCUUGUGUUCAUUGGGAUGAUAACCGGGUUGCUCCUUGGGUUGCUCUCGGCCAUUUGAAACUGGUCGAGCAAAGCUUCAACGUACUGCUCCAGGGUAACUGCUUCGUAUCUUCGUCGUAGCCAAUGAGAGUGCAUUCGUCGGUCUUCUGAUCCCAAUUCUUUCGUUUUUUUUUUUCGAAAUAUAGCACAUCACGCUGGUUCCAAACGUUCGGAUAUGCGACAGAUUUAGCUUGCGUCCUGUCCAUGCUUCCUCCGGAGACGUUUCGAUACCUGUCGUUAGCGAUCGGUUGAUCCAGAAUGCCCCUUGCUCGUUUCUACCACCGUCUGGUUGAAUCCCCAAGAAACAAAACUAGCUGAACAACAGUUUCUUUAGCUCAAGUUUGUUUAAGAGAAGUUUGUUCCACUCUUGUACAGCAAAAAUGUUUGUUGGGUCGUUCCACGAAUCCGUUUUGUUCCGGCUUGUACUCCACUGUAGUUUGGUGACGGAUACCCAACUGCUUUAGGUAGUUCUCAAAAUUCCAGUUCUCGUACUUCCAUCCGCUGUCCGUCCUCAACACGCGGAAGAACUAUCCGUUAUGGCUCACGAACGCGAAAGAAAUGUUACGAGCAGUUCAAAACACGUCUGCGCGCGGCAACGCCAACUACGAUUCCAAUAGCUGAACGAAUUGUUCGGAUAGUACUAAAACACUGCUUCAUAUUUUACCCGAAUGUAUAUUUUUGGUUAAAUUCAAAAUUUACUACGUUUACAGCCGCCGUGCUCUCCCGAAUCAUACUCCUACUUCUACACUUGAUACUUCUGAUGUUGUGUUGUAAAACAAUAUUUUAUACAAACGGAACUGAGACAACAAUAGUGAUGAAUAAAAUCACAAACGAAAAAAAAAAAUAAACAGUUCCGUAUUACGAGGUGAAGGUGGGACGAGAAAUUA